AGCGCCAGGCAGGUAUUGAGUUCUGACGAUUGCUUCAGCCUAAGCAGUCAGCAGUGCAACUAGAAUGAAUUAAUGAAAGAUCAAUCAUUUCGUCCCCCGGAAAUUUUCGAUUCUUCAGCGAAAGAAGUCGACGGAAACUUGUAGGAGACGGUGUUGGAAACCCCUGUGGCCAUGCCUUACCUUGUCCGAGAGAAACUAUUUAUUGGUGAUAUCAGUGACGCUGCGGCAAUCCUUCAAAAUGGUAGCGAUGAAAUCACGCAUAUUUUAUCGGUUCUUACCUCUGCUUCAAUAUCAUUCUUUUCCGAAUGGCGAAGUAGCCUAACGAUCCCGGCGAAGGAAAUUAAGAAGGUAUAUGUGGGUGGUGAUCAUGUUGGUGCUCCUGAUGAUGACUUGGGUGAUAUAUCAAGGAGUCCGUUGUCACCGGCGAACCUUUUGUACUCGUUGGAAUAUGCAGGUAAGGAUUUGAAGUUGGUCAGGAUGGCUGUCCCUCUGAGGGAUACAGAAAAUGAAAAUUUGUUGGACUACUUGGAUGUUUGCCUUAAUUUUAUUGAUCGAAGUAGGAAAGAUGGUUCUGUUCUGGUGCACUGCUUUGCUGGAGUAUCAAGAAGUGCAGCAAUCAUUACAGCAUAUCUGAUGAGAUCUGAACAUCUAUCUCAAGAAGAUGCCCUUCAUUCAUUAAGGCAGAGUUGUGAAUUCGUCUGCCCCAAUGAUGGAUUUCUAGAACAGUUAAAAAUGUUUGAGGAGAUGGGCUUCAAGGUAGAUCGCUCUAGCUCUAUAUACAGGCGCUUUCGUUUGAGAGUACUGGGUAAGAAUUAUAACUCGGGGGCGAGAAUAGACAGUUCUAAACUUGGAGCUGAUCCUGGCAUGCCUGUUAGUGUUGCUUCAGAAGUAGAAGGAGCUCCAAGAGCCAGAAAUAAUCAUAGUCCUACAUAUCGCUGUAAAAAGUGUCGGCGUGUAGUUGCAUUGAAGGAACAUGUUGUAGACCAUGUUCCAGGUGAAGGUGAUGCAUCAAGCGAGUGGCAGAAGUGGAGAAGUGACAGCCUGUUUAACAAAUGCAAUGAAUAUGAGUGUUCUUCCAUAUUUAUUGAGCCACUUCAAUGGAUGAAAGCAGUUGAGGAAGGUGCAUCGGAGGGGAAGUUGAACUGUGCCCACUGUGACGCCCGCUUGGGAAACUUCAAUUGGUUUGGCAUACAAUGCAGCUGCGGAAGCUGGAUAUCCCCAGCCUUUCAGAUCCACAAGUGCCGAGUGGAUGCAAGCCCUAUCUAACUUUAUGACCACCAACUCCUUGCAUAUUUUUGGUGGGAAACGAUGAAUAUGUUGUCAGAAAACGCCUAUUCUGCUCAGGUUUCCCUAAGCCAACGGAGUUGAAAGCGAUUGAGGCCUUCUUGAACUGUUUGCUUUACUUGAGGGGUUUCAGUAUCUUUAGUGAAUACAACUACAUGAGCUGGCUUAUUUUCUACAUGUGGGCUUGAUUGCUUGAUGGUUUAAUUAAUGCAUGAAGGGAUUUCUACAUGCCCCUCGUUUAUGGUAUCUUUAUGCUCGCUCACUUCGAGUGUGAAGAGUAAGAUAAUACACGAUACAAGUUGAAUUAUUUGUCUUAAGAGUUUUGAGCCGUCAAUGAUCUAAAGACUGGUACAUUUCC